UCUUUGAUAAAAGCUGCCGGGAGUCAGGAGGUUUAUUUUAUAUUUUGAUCAAGCUUUUUGAUUAAAGAUAUGAAUUAAAUAUAUUUAUAGUGGUUAAGAAUCAUUUUUGUGUUGCAGACUAUGUUUGAAUGAAACUUUGAGAAGAAAAAUCUACUUAUAUAUUUUAAAACUUUCACUUUCGAAUUCUUUGUUGCGUACAAGGAAAUUGUGUUUGACGCACCGUCGACCGACUUCGUCUUUUUGUAAAACUGAACAUUCUAAACUGUAGAAUAUAACUAAAAUAAAGUGUGUGCACUUUAAUAGAUAAUGGCUCUUUUCGACGUUACUAGUUUCAAGUCUUAUUCUGAACUCCGUGAGCAGAUACUUCCAGCAGGACGGACGCAUCUCGUUGAUCGUACCAAUCACUACAAUUUCGGGACCAAAAGUCAGGAAUUUGCUGUACCUUUGGGUGUAGAUCCCUCAGGGUUUCUCAAGUCCUGCAACCACGAUGGGGGUGUGUGCAUUGAAAUGAACCACGGUACAACCACCCUGGCCUUCAAGUUCAGACAUGGAGUCAUCGUGGCUGUGGACUCCAGAGCCUCAGCUGGCCGUUACUUAGCAUCAAAUGAUGUGAACAAGGUGAUAGAGAUCAACCCCUACCUGCUGGGCACCAUGUCAGGCAGCGCUGCAGACUGCCAGUACUGGGAGAGACUCCUGGCCAAAGAAUGCAGACUUUACAGGCUGAGGAACAACCACAGGAUCUCUGUGGCUGCUGCAUCAAAACUGCUGUGUAACAUGAUGCUGGGUUACAGAGGCAUGGGCCUCUCUGUGGGAAGCAUGAUCUGUGGAUGGGACAAAGAGGGACCUGGUCUGUACUAUGUGGACGAUAACGGGACACGUCUGUCUGGUCGGAUGUUCUCCACCGGCUGUGGGAACAGCUACGCCUACGGUGUUGUGGACAGUGGUUACAGGGAGGACAUGACGGUAGAGGAGGCGUAUGAACUGGGCCGUCGGGGCAUCGCUCACGCUACGCACCGAGACGCCUACUCUGGAGGAGUGGUCAACAUGUACCACAUGCAGGAGGACGGCUGGAUAAAGGUGUGUAAGGAAGACGUAUCAGAGCUAAUCCAUCGCUACAGGAAGGGAAUGUUCUGAGUUUGACGCCGACACCCAGAUCAACAUCAACACUCUGAGUCGUCCAAUGACGAGUUUCUUAGCAAUAUCACCUUUGCUUACAGCAGAGUGUGUAAGGAAGUGUGUUGUCAUUGAUUAUUCUGGAUUAGAAAUGAUCAAAGCACUCAGUCAGAGCAUGAAGUGAACCAUUUCUCUUCCUAGCUCCUAGCUAAAUCUGAAUUUUAACCCAAAAGUUAAAUUGUCAUCAUUACAUAUGGAACAUUAUGUGAUUAUAGUUCUUUAUAUAUUAUGUAAUGUUAAAUUGAAAAGAAAAUGUUUUGUUGUUGUUGUUGUUUUUUAACUGUCUUUUUAAGAUUGUGUCAACCAGACAUCCUGUUAAAUAAUCAACCUAUACAACACUGAGCUGCAAAUAAAGACAACUGUUC